AUGACAACUGCAAACCCACAACAGAGACAAUUUACGCUGUUCCACAAGUUCAGCACCGAAGUUCGACCACCUGAAAAGAUGGAACGAGACGAUCGUUUCCGUUUGAUGACAUGCUUAUUUGAAGAAAUAGCUGAGUCAGAGGAGGAAGAUAUCCAGCUCCCUGAACGAACUUCAUCCGAUGGCCGAUCACCAUUUGCCGUAGCUUGCGAAUCCCCUUUUGCCGAAAGGCUUGGAACUUCCCCCCGGAACCUGAGCCCAACCUUCGCGAGGAAACUCUUGACAUCCCGUCUAUGUCAUGGAUUUUCGGACUCAUGCUUACGUCGACAAACACCAGCUAUGUUCGGAUCUCUCAGUCCGGAACGUCACGAUGCUGUAUCGUUUUCGAGUGAGUUUGCUACCAAUCGUGAAUCUUGCUUUCUAAGUCGAAUGUAG